AUGAAGGGCACCUUCCUCGUCUCCGCUCUUGCCUUCACGGCUAUUACCCAAGCCUUCACUCCCGCCGAACAGAUUGACGUUCAGUCUAGUCUGAUCUCUGACCCUAAGGAGGUAGCCGGGAAAGAGGUCGACUAUAUUAUUGCUGGUGGUGGUUUGACCGGUCUCACUGUUGCCGCCAAGUUGACCGAGGACCCUGAUAUCCGCGUUCUCGUUAUUGAGAAGGGCUUCUACGAGUCUAAUAAUGGCCCUAUAAUCGAAGACCUCAAUGCUUACGGCGACAUCUUCGGCAGCACUGUUGACCAAAACUACCUCACCGUUCCGAUGGGCAUCAAUAACCGCACUCUUGACAUCAAGUCUGGAAAAGGCCUUGGUGGUUCUACCUUGGUCAACGGCGGCUCCUGGACCAGCCCCGAUAAGGUCCAGCUCGACUCCUGGGAGACGGUUCUAGGCAACCCUGGCUGGAACUGGGAGACCAUCUUCGAGUACAAGAAGAAGGCCGAACGUGCCCGUUACCCUACUGCCGAGGAGAUUAUGGCUGGUCAACACAUCGAUGCUGCGUGUCACGGCUUCAACGGAACUGUGCAUGCCGGUGUCCGUAACACCGGCGAACCUUACUCCCCUAUGAUCCGUGCCCUGAUGAAUACGACCGAAGCUAUGGGUAUCCCAACUCAGGUUGACUUGCAUUGCGGACACCCGCGCGGUGUAUCUAUGAUCCUUAACUCGCUACAUGAGGACCAGACACGUUCUGACGCUGCUCGCGAGUGGCUUCUACCUAACUACGAACGCCCUAACUUGCAAGUCCUGACCGGCCAGAUCGUCGGAAAGGUGCUCUUCGAAUCAACCGGCAAUGGUCCUAAAGCAGUUGGUGUUAACUAUGGAACUAACAAGGACGUUAAUUUCAAUGUCUACGCUAAGCAUGAGGUUCUACUAGCUGCAGGCUCUGCUGUCUCACCUCUAAUUCUCGAGCACUCUGGCAUUGGGCUAAAGUCGGUUCUCGGUCCUCUUGGUAUCGCCCAGCUCGUUGAGCUUCCCGUUGGUCUCAAUAUGCAGGACCAGACCACUACCACAGUCCAAUCCAGAGCUAAAGGCACAGGCGCUGGUCAGGGCCAAGCUGUGUACUUUGCCAACUUCACAGAAACGUUUGGAGAUCACGCCCCUCAUGCUAUGAAGUUGCUCAACACCAAGCUCGACCAGUGGGCUACUGAGACUGUUGCUCGAGGAGGUUUUCAUAAUGUGACGGCUCUCAAGGUCCAGUAUGAGAACUACCGUAAAUGGCUCCUUGAGGACGAUGUUGCCUUCGUGGAAUUCUUCUUCGACAGUAAUGGCAUGAUCAACUUCGACUUGUGGGACCUCAUUCCAUUCACCCGCGGUUCAACCCACAUCGCCGACCCCGACCCCUACCUCCAGUCAUUCCUCAACAAUCCCAUGUUCUUCCUGAACGAGUUCGACCUUCUCGGCCAGGCCGCUGCCUCAAAGCUUGCCCGUGAGCUCCAGAACAUGGGCGAAAUGCGCGACUACUUCGCCGGUGAGAACAUCCCCGGCGCCGAACUUUUGGCCUAUGAUGCUUCCCUCGAAGAGUGGGUGGAGUAUGUCAAGCAAAACUUUCGUGCCAACUGGCACGCCGUUUCAACCUGCGCUAUGAUGUCCAAGGAGCUUGGAGGCGUUGUUGACCCUACCGCCAAGGUCUACGGUACCCAGGGCCUUCGUGUGAUUGACGGCUCCAUCGUUCCCACCCAGAUUUCUGCUCAUGUGAUGACCACUUUCUACGCUAUGGCUCUGAAGAUCUCCGAUUCUAUACUGGAGGAUUACUACAGGCACUGA